CGUACGCUGCUAUAUUAGAUGGUUUGCCCCCCUUCUGUAGGGCAGGUCAGGGGGUUUGGAGGUCGCGGUGUCCAUUGAUACACCUGGACAUCGUAGAGGAUCACAUGCCCGAGCGUGUCUUACGACAGUUUGGCCAUACACAGAGUAUACCCCCUGAUGUCCGUCAUGAGCUCCGACACUACCAGCGGGACGAUCGGGCUGCCAUUGAUGAUAAUUUUUUGGCUUUCAUGGAUGUCCAGCUCCACCGUUGGGAGAACAGGUUGGGCACUUUAGCGGUGGUCGGCCAUUUGACUCCCGUUGAGCAUUACAUGCGCUGGUACCAUCAGAUCACACGCCGAUUGAUUGGCAACCCAGCUUUGCGUCCCCCUAGGGAUGUAGGAUAUUCAGCACUCGCGGGGCAGUACGAGGCAUUGCUGGUGGCCGUACAGCGUUUACGCAUCUUGGGGUUAGAGCAUAUGCCUUACCCUGGGCUUGCGGGGCUUGCCGCGGAGAUGGUUAGGAUUUCCGAGGAUGGUAUUCGCCAGGCAGGCUAGAUUAGGCGCAUGGCGGAGCCUGUUCCGGAGGCUGAGUAUCAGGCAGCACCGGGGGCUCCCAGAGGAGGAGGUCGUGCUGCCGGAAGACGCCGUGCGCGUAGAGGACGCGGCGCUGCUGCCGGAGGACCUGGUGGUGGAGGACUGGUAG